CGAUCUACAAGACAUAUGCCGACCAACUCGAGGACAAGAUUCCGUUCCUGGUCACCUGCGGUCCAGCACCCACCUGGGAUCCGUGUGUGAUGACACUCACAGAACAUACUGACUGCCUAAAUUAUGUCUCCCUUUCGGCGGACGGCAAGUGGUUCAUAUCAGGCUCGAACGACGGAGAAAUCAAAAUAUGGGAUGCUGUCUCUGGUCAGCUGAAACGAACCCUUGGUGGUGGCGAGCAAGCUUACUUGACGACAGCCAUAUCUCCUGACGGCAAAACCGCUGCGUCGGGUGGAUGCGACAACGUCAUAAAGAUGUGGAACGUGGUCACCGGCCAGCUCAAGUACGUCCUCAAGGACCACACGCACUGGAUACGUAGCCUCUGUUUCUCCCCGGAUAAUGAAUACCUUGUCUCUGGCUCUGAUGACAAGACCAUCAAGGUGUGGGAUAUUGCAACCGGCCAAGCAAAGCACACGUUCGAAAGCCAUACCGAGCCACUCUGUUGUGUCGCCUACUCCCCAGACCAAAAAUGGAUCUUAUCCGGGUCGUGCGACAACACCAUCAAGAUAUGGGACUCCACAACAGGCCAGCUGAAACACACUCUCGAAGGACACACCUACUGGGUUUAUUCAGCCUGCUUUGCGCCUGAUGGAGGCUCUAUAGUCUCAGCCUCGGCUGAUCACACAGUCAAAGUCUGGGACUUUGUCACUGGCAAGUUGAAGAUGACGCUCGAAGGCCACACCAACUCCGUGGGCGCCGUUACCGUCAGCCAUGACGGCCGCUUCAUUGUGUCUGGAUCCUGGGACAAAACCAUCAAGAUCUGGGACGCAUCCCUGGGGCAUCUCAAGAGAACCCUCGUUGGACACGAUCAUUACAUCCUUGCCCUGGCCGUUUCAACCGACGGCCAGUGGAUCCUGUCCGGCUCCGAAGACAUGACGGUUAAAAUCUGGGAUGCGAAUGCCCAGACUCCAGAGUCGGUCACGGACCACAUGGAUUACAUACGAGCUACUAUUUUGCUUCCUGAUGGGGGUACCAUCGCCUCCGGGUCCAAUGACUCCACUAUCAAGGUUUGGGAUCUGGCCACAGGUGGGCUCAAGCUGAAUCUGAAAGGACACACCGACUAUGUGCUUGCUCUCGCAGCCCUUCCUGAUGGCCAGUCGAUCGUCUCUGGAUCGAGAGACUCGAUGAUCAUGAUAUGGGACAUUGUCUCUGGAAAGCGUCUCCAGACCCUCGAGGGUCAUACCGAAGCAGUUGGAGCAGUUGCGGUGUCAUUUGACGGCCAGCACAUCAUCUCCGGAUCGAAUGAUCACACCGUCAAAGUAUGGCAUGCCUCUUCUGGCCGCCUGAUACACUCGCUCGAUGGCCAUAACAUGGACGUCCAGUCGAUUGUCAUCUUACCAGGCGACAAGGGAAUCGUCUCUGGCUCGGACGACAAUACGAUCAAGAUCUGGGAUAUCGAAACUGGCCGUCUCAGACAAACACUCGAGGGACACGCAGGAGCACCCGUCUCCAUCGACAUCUCCCCCGACGGCCGUAUCAUCACAAGCACCGACUAUGACGACGUUACUAUUCUCUGGAUGAGCAGGGAUGAUGAAUUCGUCCGCUCCGAAAAGGCCUUGAUCGAUUUCGAAGCUACUGAUCUUGGCCGACCGCCACCAACUGCAUGGAUGGAGGCAGCCGAGUCCACCCAGUGGCUGCGGCACAACAAACACAUUAUCAAGAUUCCUCACAAUCUCUUUGAUUGGUACUCUCGCCACGUCUCUGAUGACAGCCAGAUCUACAUGGUCUUCCAUCGCUUGACAAAGAUCGUGGCCAGCUAUACCGACACUCCGCAGACCCAACUCGCAUAUGCUCGCUAUCUCGCCACCUCGCCCGACCCCCGCCGCCAGUCCAAGGCAGUUGAUGCCUUUGCCAAGGCCGCCGAUGGAGGAAUUGCCGAGGCGCAGUUCCGACUGAGUGAAUGCUAUCUCGAUGGAUUCGGGGUCGAAGCGGAUCCGGCUCGGGCUAUCCCGUGGCUCGAGAAAGCUGCUCAACAAGGGUGCUACGACGCUCAUUUCAGACUUGGCCUCUGCUGUCGCGACGGCCUUGGCACAGAGAUGGAUCGUGAGAAGGCACUCAAGCUCCUCGAGUCCGCCGCGGCCGGUGGUCGGGUCAAUGCGCAGAUCGAGAUGGCCCGGCAUUUUGAGCAGGGGACCACCGCCGCAGUCGAUCAUGCAAGCGCCCUCCACUGGUUCCAACGCGCUGCUGAGCAAGGAUCUGCUGAGGCCCAGUUUCAAGCCGGCCGGCGUUACGAAACCGGAACUGGGACCGAGGCCGACAUUAGUAGUGCAUUGAUUUGGUUCAAGCGUGCUGCGGAUCACGGCCAUCUCGAAUCUCAAUUUUACCUCGGCUACUGUUACUACUUUGAUUUCGGAACAGUGGGAUCCUACAAGAAGGCAUUCGAGCUGUUCGAGACAGCUUCAAGCCAGGGUCAUGUCGAGGCGAAGCUGCUGCUUGGGCAAUGCUAUAUGGACGGCUCAGGCACAGCAACCGACAAGUCCAAGGCGUUUGAGCUCCUCAGAUCCGCUGCGGAGCUUGGUCUGCCGGCUGCACAGCACGUUCUUGCCGGCUGCUAUCGUAACGGCGAAGGAGUCGAGCCAAACCCGGAAGAGGCCGCCCGCUGGGACCAACGUGCUGCCGACACAGGCAACAGCGAGAACAUGAGUCAAGCAUGA